AUGUUUAACUGCCUCCAAGAUUCAGAGAACAAAGCGCAGGAUGGGCCGCGCGUUGUCAUAGCAAUCACUGGAGGUGCCCAGGGCAUUGGGUUAGCAACUGCACGACUUGUUGCAAGCAGAGGUGCCAGUGUUAGUAUUUUCGAUAGCAAUCCAGUGACACUCGAAGCAGUAGAGGAGGAAUUCAGCACAAACAAAUGGCCCAUUCACACAUUUACGGCAGAUAUUCGACAAGCUGACAAGAGGUUUGGCCGCCUCGAUAGCGCCGUUAAUGCCGCGGGAACCGUUGGAAAGUUUCAUGGCCAGAAGCCAAUAGCGCUUUUCGAUGAUGAUGAUUGGAACCUCGUUAUGGGUAUCAACGUCAACGUUGCGAGACCUUCCACCCGAUGGCUAAAUGGAAUGAUGCACUCUCUCCGUGCCGAGCUCCGGCAUAUGCAGCCUGGAGGAAGCAUCGUCAACAUCGCUUCCAACCUAGGCUCAAAGGGUGCUCCAGGUUACGCCCCAUACGCAACCUCUAAGCACGCUGGUAUAAGGAUUAACGUCGUGUCUCCCGGUGGCACUCAAGGGCCAUUGAUGAGAAGUGUGGUUGGUGAUAACCCUCCUCCGCCUCUCUCGGUCUUGGGAAAGUAUGGACAGCCUGAAGAGGUCGCUUUCCAGAUAGCCUGGCUUCUUGGACCUGAGAGCACUCAUAGUUCUGGAAGUGUUUUCCGCGUUGACGGUGGAGAGUUUUGUUGAUCAUAUUGGAUGUAUGUCUGCUUAAUAAGAACGUUUAAAUGUACUGAAACGUAGCUAUUGUUUCAAGUGGAUCUGAGGUGUUUCCAAGUUGCAGGGCAGGGAAAUGUCCCUACGGAAUCGGUAGAUUGGCCACUAAAUAACAUC